AUGUUUGUUGUAAAAAAUAUUUUUAAGAAACUUUUUUUAUUUUUUUUAUUAAAACUUGCCAAUUGUGAUAUUCUUGUUUAUAAUUUAAACACUAGUGAAGUUGAAAUUGAGUUCAAAGAUGUACCAUCUAAAUUUGGUGAUGCUGUUCCUCCAGAAGGAAUAACUAAAUUAAUGUUUAUGAAUUUUCAUCGACAUGAACUCGGAGGCGGAAAAACAUUAUUAUGUGAUUUUAAUAUUCGUUUUGGAUUCAAUGGUUUUACAGUUUAUUCAAAUCCUCCAGAUGCAUGCGAAUACAUUGAAAAACCUCCUAAUUUGCCAAAUUACAAUGGAAAAUGGAUAGUUCUUAUCAGGAGGUAUGGAUGUGAAUUUGAGAUCAAAGUAAGAAACGCCCAGAUUGCAGGAUAUGAUGCUGCUAUUGUACAUAAUGUUAAUUCUAGUGUAUUAAAACCUAUGGCCGCUGAUAAUCCAAAUAUGAUUCGAAUACCUUCAAUAUUUAUAAGUUCGGAUGCUGGACUCUUAAUUAAAAUGAAUUAUUUAUAUGACAAUGGAUAUUACAUUUUAAUAACUGAUGAUAUUCCAUUCAAUUUCACUUCUCAGCUUUUAAUUAUUUUUUCUGUACUCAUAGGUUUUUGUUUUUUCGUCAUUUUAUUUUUUCUUAUUGUUAAAUAUUUUAAAGAUCGAAGACGACAAAGAAGAUAUUGUUUACCAAAAUCAAGUUUAAAAAAGAUAACAGUUCAUAAAUUUAAAAAAAAUGAUCCUUACGAAAUUUGUGCCAUUUGCCUUGAAGAAUACGUUGAAAAUGAUAAACUUCGAGUUUUGCCUUGUUCUCACGCUUAUCAUUCAAAAUGUAUUGAUCCGUGGUUAACUAAAAAAAGAAGAGUUUGUCCCGUUUGCAAAAGAAAAGUAUUCGCAAGCGGAGAAACGGUUGCUGAUUUUGAUUCGGAAACGGAAGAUGAAACAACUCCGUUAGUCAGAAAUACCGGAAACGGAACAACAAAUGCAGGAACUUUUGCACAUACGGGUUCAGAUUUUGGUUCGAUUUCAACUGUUCCCAGCAGCAGAACGGAUUCCCUACCUUCUUUAGCAGAUGCAUCUCGUCAAACGCGACGAACGGGUAGGAUAUUUCAUUUUUUUUUUUUUCAUUUGAAAACAAUGAAAAAUUGA